UCCAGGGGACUCUAAUUGUGGGUACAGACGUUAAUAAAAAGAUGGCUGCCCUAGAGUAAUGUAUUUUGCUUUUGUCACGGUCUUUAUCACCAAAACCUGUCGUCUGAAUUUUCUUUUUAAUUUACGGCCAGAUGGGGAGAAGCAGAAGCAGGUCACCACCAAGACGAGAGAGGCGUCGCUCUCGCUCAACCUCUCGAGACCGGGAGCGGCGACGCAGAGAGAGGGAACGCUCCAGAUCGCGUGAGAGGGACCGGCGGAGAAGUCGCUCCCGCUCCCCGCACCGGCGCCGCUCCAGGUCUCCACGGCGGCACCGGUCAUCUUCACCAUCUCCUGCGCGUCAGAAGGAUCGGCGUGAGGAAGACAAGAAGGAGGUGAAGGAGAAAGUUGUGAGGGAGCAUCAGAUCUCAGAGGAAGAUAUGCAGGGCAAAACAGAGGAGGAGAUUGAGAUGCUGAAAAUGAUGGGCUUCAGUACCUUUGACAGCACCAAGGGAAAGAAAGUCGACGGAUCAGUCAACGCACAUGCAAUCAACGUGUGUCAGAAGAGAAAAUACAGGCAGUACAUGAACAGAAAAGGCGGAUUCAACAGACCCCUGGAUUUCAUUGCUUGAAUGACUUCAUGCAUAUAAGAAUUGUUUAUCAAGGUCCGUAAUGUCUGGUAUGAUUUCUCUGAUUUGCAUUGUGUCUUUGUUUAUAAAAAAUUACAUGGUAGUUUCUUCAAUUUCUUGGAAAACUGUAUGUGUUUGUAUUACUUCACUGCCCCUGUUCAUAUUCCAUUAUAUAAAUGAUGUAUACAUUGACUGUUGAAAAUUAGGUAUUCAGGAAUAACGAACCAUAUGAAUUCAUUGGCUUGACCACCUUACCCUGGUUUAAAUUUUCAUUUUUUAUUUUAUUUUUUUUAUAUGAGGAACAUUGACUUAGUUAUAAGAUAUAGAUAGCAAUGUUGUAACUGAAGCUUCAUAUAAAAUAAAAUCUUUUGAAUGAC